AUGAGCGAGCAUAAAUCGAUUGCAUCCAGUGCUUCCAGCAUCAAAGACAACGACGAGAAUGAGCAGAAUCAUUUACUUCACGAGAUUAAAGAGAACGAGCAAAAAAUGACAAAUUCUCUUCGUGAACAGCUUGAAAAGGUCCGCAAAGACAAAGCUGUCUUGGAGGCCGACUUGAAGUCUCGCACCAAAGCGUACGAGGCUACUUUAGGCCAGUUGCAGACCAUGUCCACAAAUGAGCAAUCCGACCGUUUAGAAGCGUUGAUGGCUAUUGAAAACUUGAGCGAGUUACGAGAUCAAGUUAAGCAACUGCAUGAAAAAUGUGUUGAGCAACAAAUUCAUAUCAAGAAGCUGGAAUUUGAGUUGGAAAUGGAGCAAGGACAUGUCAAAAUACUGAAGCACGAUAACAAACUGCUUCGACAAAUGACGGUGGAUAUGAACGCCAUGGCCGAGCAAGAGGAAGAGUUCAUUUCAAAUCGACUGCUGAAGCGUAUUACAGGGCUCAAGAAGGAGAAAGGCGAGCUGCUCUUGCAGGUGGAGCAAGAGGAAGAAUACAUGACAAACAUGUUGCAGAAAAAGCUGAACCAGCUGCAGCGUGAAAAGAUUGACAUGGAGAAUUCGCUGGAGCAGGAGCAAGAGUAUAUAGUUAACAAACUGCAAAAGCAGUUGGAGUCCAUGAAGAUGCAACAGCAACAGCAGCAGUCUCAAACAACUUCACCCAUGAUGAGCAUGGUGCAUGAUGGUGCAAAUACGUUAUCCCCUGGGCCUGUGUCGCCCGUCAUUCCCAAGAAAUGGAACUCGUCUUCUGGAUCAGUCAAUGACGCUCCCUCAGGUACUGCGGAAAUGUUACUGUCUGAAAUCGCUGUGCUGAAGAAUAGAACCACUGAGAUGGAGAAAGAAUUCCUCUUAAAGAUGCAGCAAUGCAACAAGUACAAGAGUGAGUUGAUCCAAUUCCGUAAGCAAGCUGGGCUAUCCACAGACGAUAUCCCGCUAGAUGAAGGCAUUCCCUCUGUAUUCAGAACCGUGCCUCCAUCGCCUGGAAGAGGUGGCAGAAUUCGUCGCUCUACCUCCACAUCCUCUCAGAGAUCGUUGGCAUCUGAUAAAAACAACCUGGGUCAUAUUCCACCUUUGCAAUUGGACUCGAACGACUCUCAAACCACAUCUGACAACAGAUCAAGAUCCAACAGCUCUGCGUCCAACAGUGUACCACCCAAGGCUUCGAGACGAGUUUCAGGUACUUUAUUGAGUUUAGCCUCUGCUGGCCAUACCUCCACCAGCAGCAGCAAUAAUACUCUUUAA